UUCGGGUCAGGAAAUAUAGAAGUAAGGUCGUAAAUGUGCGAAAAACGAAUCGUUGCGUGAGUAUACAUCGUUGAGAGGUUGUCAACAAGUUUGACCUAUUCAAGAGUGAUUGUGGAAGUUAUCGAAGUGAUUUGAAUCGUAUUUUAGCGGGGAUUCUUCAGCCCUGGAACAAGAUGAGUAGUUGGAAAAUCCAGAGAAAGUUACAUCAUGUAUACCUUUACAGUGCAACAUCCCGCAGAUUGUUGUCAUCUACUUGUAAGUGUGGCAAGUCACUGCAACAAACAUCAGUAAAACUGCUUUCAACAGAGAGCCUUGCAACAGCUAUUCAUCCAUCCAGGACAGAGGAAAAUGACUCCAACCCUAAAGCUAUUAGCCUGGGUGAUGUGUAUGCUAAUAAUACUGUUGAAGAGAGAAGAGAAUUCAAGCACAGCAGAACACCAUCACAACUCAUAUUGGACCACUUUGACAGACGAUAUGGGCAACAGUUUGGCUCAGACUGGGGUGACAUCAGGGCUGCACUCAUGGCUCCCAAACUAAAUGGCCUUCUUCUCAACAACUUUGCUCAGGUGUCAACAAAGGUAGCAACUAUUCUACAAGAACAUGGAUUGCAGAAGGUAUCUGAUUUAUGUGAUAUAUCAUCCCAUUUGAACUGGUGGGAAGAAGGAGAAACCAUUGGAAUACAGAAUUAUCACAAGGGUACAGAAUCAAGUCUAAAGUUUUACAUACACCCAGAGAACAGACAUGUUUGGUUCCCUAAGCUUAAGCACGUGCCUGGGCAGCUGAAGUCGUACUUUCUCCAGGGGGCUUCCUCUCUGCUGCCUGUGCUGGCCUUGGAUGUACAGCAGGAUGACAGCGUGUUGGACAUGUGUGCUGCUCCUGGGGGCAAGUCUUUGGCCUUGUUGCAGGCAGCAGAAUUAGGACUCCUGACCAGUAAUGAGCCUGACCUGUGGAGGAGACGUAGGCUGGCUGAGACACUGCAGUCUUACAUCCCACAGGAGAUACUGCAGACCAGAGUGGAUGUGUCCAAACUCAAUGGUGUCCACUUUCAGGAUGUGACUCCAAACACAUUUGACAAGGUCUUAGUGGAUGCCCCCUGCUCCAAUGACAGGAGCUGGCUGUACAGCAAGAACAGUGUUGGUAUGAAAAUGAGAAUAGAAGACAGAAGACACCUGCCACAACUCCAGGCUUCACUUCUGAGAUCAGCCCUGCAUGCAGUGAAGCCAGGUGGCACAGUGGUGUAUGCGACCUGCACACUGUCACAGAAGGAAAAUGAUGAUGUUGUGGAGUUUUGUCUCAGGCAGAACAAGUCAAGAAUAGAUGUCAUCAACUUGAAUAACUUCAGUAAAAACUUCCAGAAGAUUUUCAGAUUUGACUCUUCAACAAGAUAUGGACAGCUUGUAUUGCCCCAUGUUAACGCCAACUGGGGCCCAAUGUACCUCGCAAAACUGAAGAAAAUAGACACAUAAAACCAAUGACAAAAGUAAAGUGAUCCUUCAUUUCUGCCAUCU